UAUCCUCUUGUCUCCUCCCUCCACACACAACCCUCCUCUUCCUUCAAUAGCUCCCACGGCCUCACAGCAGCCUCACUUGUCAGGUUCACCCUGAGCUUCCACUUCUUGCAUCCGUCCCACAAUGGCGUUGCACACCCCUGCGUACUCCCGCCACAUGGCCCAGGAGAAGCACCAGAUGCUGGACCUCAACCGCCGCCUACAGACCUACCUGGGCCGGGUCAAGCUCCUGGAGGAGGAGAACAUGCAGCUGGCCCAAGAGAUCCACGCUCUACGGCACGGCCACCGGGGCGCCUCCGUGAGGGAGAAGAGCUUGAAGGAAGAUCUCCAUCGGACCAGAGAGGAGUUGGAUGAAGUCUGGCGGGAGCGGGUCUUUGCUCAGAUGGAGGUCUGCAACUUGAGUGAGGAGUUCCAGAUGGUAGAGCGGCACUGGCAGAAGGAGGCUCGGGCCCAAGCGGAGGUCAACGCGAAGAUGGAGGUGAGCAGGAAGGAGCUGGAAGAGGAGCACGAGGCUCAGAGGUGGCUCAGGGAGAGAAUCAGCGAGCUGGAGGAAGAGAUGGAGCACCUGGUACGGAACCAAGAGGUCGACGUGGCCCGCUUGGAGACCGCCCUGAUCCAUAGGGCACCGCAACGCAGCACCCCAACCUUAGACCUCCUCCAGCUGGAGGAGGAGCUCAGCCAGCAGGCCUCCAAGGCAUGGCAGGAGACCGAGCAAGCUUACCAGGCACAGCUAGACCAACUUGAGGAGAACCUGAGGGAGACCGCAGCCCAUCUGGGCCAAACAGAGCGCCACAAGAAUGAGUACCAGGCCCAGCUGAUGGCCUUGGAGAGAGAGAGGAUCUCUGAAGGCGAUGUUAGGAGCCAGCUGGAGGAGACGGCAGAGCAGCAGAGUGAAGAACACAGACGGCACAUAAACACACUUCAGGAGCACUUGGAAGGUCUGGAGAAGGAGAAGCAGCAUGUGGGCCAGCAGCUUCAUCAUCUGGUGCAGGAGAACCGAGGCUUGCUCCAGCAGAAGAUGUCGCUGGGCCUGGAGGUGGUCACCUACAGAGCUCUACUGGACAGCGAGAGCCUGCGGCGAGACGAUAUGAGCCGUCUUAAAGAGUCUAGAAACAUUACACUGAAAGACGCGCCUUUGAGAUCUUUACGAGGGAAUUACCAACUACCGGCUCGCUGCAACACCCUCGCGUCUGUCUGGAGACCAUCCGUGACUUCAACGACCCCUUUGAGGAGCAACCUUGAAAAUGUCAGUCAGGUUCACAAGAAAGAAGAAAUGACAACGAAAGUGGCCAGACAACAAAGUCCUUAUCCUAAAAUAUUGCAUGAUGGAGCCGUGGAGAAGUUUCGAGCACAGGAAGUAGAUGAGAAAGUAACAUAUGCUGAGCCUUUAUCUUCUCCUGGUGAGGAGGAACAUCCAGAUGAAGGCGGAGAAGAAGAAUAUGGCGGGAAACUCCACUCGGUAGCUCCACCACUCAAUAAGGAGAUCGGCCAACAACAACAUGUUCUGGAGACAACAGAGGAGACCUUCAGUUCUUCUGCAAUUGCUCCGGUUGAGGCGUACUUGGUGGUAGAUGAGCAGGAGAUAACAUCAAGAUCUGGAACGGAGGCAAUACUCGAACCCACCCUGGAAUCCAGGACCAGCAGUUUGUCUUCCCAAUGUGACCUCAACCCCGAGGACAUGGCUGAGAUCAGACAGGAAAUAAGUUACUCCACCUUGGGAACAUCUGUGGCAGAAGGAGUGGACUUCUUGUAUCCAGAUGGAGAAGAGAUGGACACAUGGGACAGCGUAGUAGAAAAGAAGAUCCGUGUCGAGUCAAGUGAACCCAAAUUAGAAGCGGAAAGUCAGUACGCAGAACCAGAGGAGGACAUCUUAACAAGAAGGUCUGAGCUAAGUCGAGAAGAAACAAAGAAGCAAGAAGAGAUUUGGAGUCGACGGGAAGAACGUUCACCAGACAUCAACGAAGAGGACGAAGACUCCCAGAAUGUCUCGGUGUCCUGGCGAACGGAGCUGGAGAGCGACAGCUAUGCUCAAGAAAACACGCUAGCUGACACGCGUCCGCUCAUCCGGUACACCAGCGACGACACCGACGCUAAUACGCAAGCGUCUCACGUGGAUGAGAGCGAGUCCAGUGAUGGAGAUUCGGCUGGACGUGCCUGGAACGAAAGCAAGACCAAGAACUUUGGAACCAUGGAGGAUCUUUGUGAGGAAGUCGAUGAAGAGGUGGUAGAAUAUGACCUGGGAUAUUCUCAGGAAGCUUCUGGACUGGAAAACGUCAGUGAGGAGCAUUUGGAUGAAGAAAUACCUGCGGAGGUUGAUGAUGUGGAGAUCGAGACGGACCGACUUGUGGAGCAGGAAUUGGCGAACCUUUCCACAGAUAGCUAUGUUUCUCACUUUGCUCAAGAGGUGGCCAGUGAGAACCAAACAGUCCUUCUUGAGGAUGAGGAGGAGGGAUGGCAGGAGGUGGAAGAGGAGGAGGUCCAGGAUGGAAUGACCAAAAAGGAACAGAAUGGAAUCACAGAAUCUGAUGUCCAAGUGGAAACCAAAAUGGACCUUAGGGAUUCUGUGCAGCCGGAGAAGUUUCAGGACAUGGAAGAGGAGAAGGUCCAGGAUGGAAUGAUGACCUUGGAAGAAAAAAUCAUCCCAGAAUCUGAAGUCCAAGUGGAAUGCAUCCAAGUCCUUAGGGAUUCCGUGGAGCCUCAGUUGGACACUCUGGAUGAUAAUGCCAAGGAAAGGGUGGAAGAGGGGGAGCUCCAAUAUCAAACAAUGACCAUGGAAGAAGAAGUCAUCAUGAAAUCUGAAGGCCAAGACCUCCAUGAUUUAUCCCAGACUCAUUUGGAUGACUUAGAGAAGGUCCAAGAUGAACCAUUGACCAUGGAGCAUUUAGAGGCUGGGGAAGGAAACUUGACGUCCUGCAUGGUUCCUGAUGUCCAAGACCAACCAAUCUCCAGAGACUCGAUUCUGCCUCAGUUGGACACUAAGGAUAAUGAGGAGGAGAUGGAAGAGAAAGAGGUCCAAGAUGGAAUGCUGAAGCAAGAAGAAGCAGAGAAAGUUUACUCACUAUCCUGCGUAGAAUCCGAUGUCCAAGUGAAAAGCAAUCUGGACUUGGGACCUUCUCAGUCAGAAUCUCUGAGUGAUGGAGAGAAGGACCAGGUUGAAAUAAUGGCUAUGGAACAAGAAGAGACUGAUAAGGAUGAAAAUCAGACAUCCAACAUGGAUCCCGAUGUCCAAGGAGAAGGCAAUCUAGACCUUGAGGAUUUUCUCCCACCUCAGUUGGACUCACCGGAUGACUCUGUGGAGGAGGUCCCAGAUGAAAUAUUGAAAGAAGAAGAAGCACAGAAAUUGUACCUGCUGUCCUGCACAGAAUCUGAACUCCAAGUGGAGCAGCCUCAGUUGGACUCUCCAGAUGAUAGCGAGAAAGUCCAGAAUGAAAUAUUGACCAUGGAACAAGAAGAGGCCAACAAGGUGAACAUGCCAUCCUGCAUGGAUCCUGAUGUUCAAGAUGAAGACAAUCUGGACCACAGUGGUUUCAUCCAGCCACACUUAGACUCUACAGAUGACUAUGUGGAGGAAGUCCAGGAUCUAACGUCGAACCAAGAAGAUGACAUCAAGUUCAAUUUACCAGUGCGCAUAGAUCCUGAUCUCCAAGAUGAAGAUGAUCUGGACCUGAAUGAUUUUAUCCAGCCUCAACUGGACUAUCCGGACGACUACUUGGAAGAAGUCCAGGAUGUAACGUUGAACCAAGAAGAAGCUGUCAAGGUAAACUUACCAGUCUGCAUAGAUCCUGAUCUCCAAGAUGAAGACAAUCUUCUCUUCGGGGAUUCAGUUCAGCCUCAGAUGGAUUCUACAGACAACAAAGAGAUGAAAGAAGGGGUUCAAGAUGCAUCAGAAGCUCCAGAGAAAAGGGAGGAUGAGGUGAUGCAUGAUGAUGAAACCUUUAGUGAGUUCCUCAGUGGACCCAACUUGGGAGAAGAAGAAGAAGAUAAAGAAGAGUGUCUGGAAUCUCAAAACCAAAAAGGUCUCCUCCAGCAAUCUACUUCCAUGGUAGAAGAGGCUGCAGGCCAUCUGGCAGAUGAAUGGAACAUCCUGAAAAAGACUACCAAAGAUGUUGACAUAAGACAUCCAAAAGAUGAAGAAAAAUCUAUUAUGAGUCAUCAUCAAGAGGAAGGAGACGACGGCGAAGGUGCCCCAACAUUUGACGAGAAACCUGUUGAGAUGUCCCCAGAGACUGCACCUGAGGAAUCCGUCAUCUUGAAGGACUCCUUGUCGGAAUUCCACAAAACCAACGGCAAAGACAAGAAGGACUUCUGGGCAUCGUCCGUGGAAGAUGCCGCCGCUUACGGAUCAGAUGACAUCUCCACCGGGAUGGACUUUGCUGGCGAGCUGGACUGGGGGAAGGCGGUCAAUGGGAGUUCAAAGAAGGCGGAGCCUGUGACGGGAGUGUCCGUACAUUCUGAGGACUCGGAAGUUGAGGGAGGUUCCUGGUCAUCCGGGGACGAAUAAUCCGGUCCACCAGAACCUAGGUGUCAUUGGAAACCAUCUGGCCACUCAUCAAGUUCC